CGGCGGUUGCUUGAACCCAAUCCCGCAGUUUCAUGGUGCAUCAGAAUCUAUAUAAAUUGCGAAACUCAGACCGAUUGAACCAGACUGUCCCUUGUAAAUUUGUUGAAAUCCCUCCGAUUGAACCCAUGCCAUCACUUUAAAAUUUCUCUGGUGAGUUAGCUGGAUUGAACGACGAUAAGCAGUGUCAAUUUGAUGAAAUCGGGUCGAUUGAAGGGAAGACGCUCGCCGCUGACCCUUAUCGCUUUUGGAAUUGCCACGGUCAUCUUCUUCAAAGACCCUGCUGUCGCUACGCUCACUCGUAUAGAUCUAUCUUUUGGAAGCAAUAGUGGGACCCUUCUCAAAUUUGGAAAAGGAGUCUAUCUGCGCAGGUCGCCGACGUGGGAGGGGAUCGUUGCAGAUAUGUCAUUUGUGGAUCAUAUCUACAUGGGACACAGGCGAUGACGAUCCAUCGAAGCGAAUAGCUCGGAACUAAAGCAUAUUAAGAAUCAGGGUUCCUGUUAACCUCUAUUUUGAACUAAGAAUAGAAUAUAACUGGGUGAAUGGCUGAGGGGUCAAGUUAUUUGUAAUCUAUUCUUAAUUGACCUAAAAAUAUAUUUUAUAAGAAAUGUGUCUAGUUAUG